AUGUCGCUCGUCUCCGGCGAGAAGUCGAACUUCCAGUUCAUCUUGCGUCUCCUCAACACCAACGUCGAUGGCAAGCAGAAGGUCAUGUACGCCUUGACCAAGAUCAAGGGUGUCGGUCGCCGAUACAGCAACUUGGUCUGCAAGAAGGCCGAUGUGGAUCUCAACAAGCGCGCCGGCGAGCUUACCUCCGAAGAACUCGAGCGCAUCGUCACCAUCAUUCAGAACCCAACCCAGUACAAGAUCCCCACCUGGUUCCUCAACCGACAGCGCGACAUUGUGGACGGCAAGGACAACCAGGUCCUCGCCAACGGCGUGGACAGCAAGCUCCGUGACGAUUUGGAGCGACUGAAGAAGAUCCGGGCCCACAGAGGUCUCCGCCACUACUGGGGCCUCCGCGUCCGUGGCCAGCACAGCAAGACCACUGGCCGUCGCGGCAGGACUGUCGGUGUCAGCAAGAAGAAGGGAUAA